CGGCUUCCAGCAGUAGCUUCGGAAUCCCGGCUCGGGCUGGGCGGGAAGGCGCGGUGGCCCGCGUCGCCCGCACGCUCUCGCGCCCUCCCUGCCUGGCCGCGCCCCUGCGACCAGGCUUGCUGAUACUUUCAACAUGUUUACAUUUCAUGCUGUCAAUCCGUGUUAACCACAGGUCAGAUUUAGCUGCAAGCAUUAUGACUCCAUAGCAACGGACAAUUCUUUGAAUCUCGAGAGAGAUUAUAUACUUCUUCUGUAACUAAGAUUUCAAUUCCCAGUGGUGUGGACAUAAGAGAUGGAUGCAUAUUCCAUUGGUUGUGCUCAGCUCCUGAAGCUUAUGUUUUUGUCUGCUGUUUUAUCAUGUCCUUUCAGUGAUUGCGGUGUGGCAUAUGCCAGGAUUGAGAAAGAGCAGUGACAGGUGACCCAAUGAAAACAAAAUGAAAGGCAUUAAGAAAAGUCCUACCGAAGAGUCCCUGUACCUGGAGUACUCUCACCAAACAGAGGGGUGCAUCUUUCCUCUCCAUACGUCUGUAACUCUGUUUUUAUUAUCCUACUGUGACUGCAAGGUCUUUAAUGUUUGCUUGGUCCUUACCGAAGAAAAUGCAGAUGCUUCACUCCCCAGAGAGGCACUGUCCCAGGAUGUGGACAUACAGGUUAUUUCAAGGCAGGCGCUCCCACCGAUAGUCCAGAAUUGCUGUUUGCCUGCAGUGGUAGAACAACCAGACGUUUUCUGUAGAGCAGGACUUGCUGUUGUCCUCAGACACGUAAUCCAGAAAUCCUAUGAAGCUGAGCCCUCAAGAAAGGAGAUUUUGGAACUUCUGGGUUUUAAAAAGACUUGUUUGAAAGCCUGUGCUGAAGUUAGUCAGUGGACCAGGCUAUGUGAACUCACCAUCCCUUUGGCUGUUGAGAAUUUUCUCCAAAAGUCUUCUGACCAGCCCCCAACUAUUCCUGAAGAAAUACUACAGCUUGAGAGAAAACUCAGCGAGCCUGUCAGAGUACACAAUGAUGACAAACUCCGCAGACAGAAGCUGAAGCAACAGAAGACUGCUAAGGGGAAAGCAAAGAGCCAGACUGAUGAUGCACAGCAACCAUCCAAAGAGUUGGCUGGCUCAUCCAAGAGUCUAGAACUGAAGGUGGCAUUCUCAAAGCUCACAGUGCAGGAUCCAGCUGCUGCCAACAGGGAGCCUUCUCACAUCAGGAAAGCAAAAGCCUCUGACCUUCCGCCUCUGGAGCACGUGUUUGCAGAAGGACUGUACUUCACUUUGGCAGACAUUGUACUCUUGCCCUGUGUUCAUCAUUUUUUGGUAAUUCUCUGUAGGAAAUUUUCUGAGAAGCUGGAACAGUUUCCACUGCUAGCUUCUUGGUACCAGCGGAUUCAGGAAGUGCCAAAAGUCAAAACAGCAGCUUCUAAGUGUGGGAUCCACUUUCUAUAUUUACCAGAAUUGCUGAAUUCUGCAAGUAAUACGCACCUGAACUCCAUGGAAGCGACAGCUGGAGAGGAACCAAACGAUCCUUCAUUUACAGGAGGACCAAGACCAACUAUGACCAAGUUAAUGGAAAAAGGCAUUGAAGCGACGUUUUCUCCACACCCUUGUCCUUCUUGGACCCUUGACUGGAAAAACCUUCCUGCUGCUGUCAGCCCAAAGGAAGGCAAAAUGUCCACUGACCGAGCUUUGAGGAAGCAGCAACAGUUGAACAACCUUGCUUACGUGGUGCUAAAUCAAGCCAAACCUGGUGACAGAAUUGUGGAUUUCUGCAGUGGCGGGGGCCAUGUUGGAAUUGUUCUUGCACAUAUGCUGCCCUCUUGCCAGGUUAUAUUAAUAGAAAACAAGGAAUUAUCAUUAAUCCGUGCUAAGAAGAGAAGUGACGAACUAGGUUUGAACAACAUUUGGUUCAUUCAAGCAAAUAUGGAGUAUUUUACAGGAAUGUUUAACAUUGGGCACUUGGAUGGAUUGCUGGGUCACUGCCCAUCCCCACUGUGUGUUCCUGGAUUACUGGGUAGAACUGUUACCCACAUCUGCAGCGCAGAAUUCUGGAGCAGCUGUUAUUUUUGUGCCCUAAAUUUCAUGUCUUAAACAUUGACUGCUGAAGAUGGUGAAGGUUUGCUUUGCUUUUUUCAACUAAAAGGCAUACAUACAAUUUAUGUCCUUUGUAGAUGUGAAACAAAUGUUUGAAAUAGCAGGAUAUUGCUGCCCUGUACUCACCUCCCAAACACGACAUUUUCACCUCAUUGGUCCUGGUUCUGUUUGUCCUUUGUAGCUACAGGUGUCGAGUCAUUCUGAUAUGAUAAUUUUAUAAUUUCCAAGUUCAUGAUUCAGCAACAUCGGUUGAAAUAUAUGUGUCCUUUUGAAGUCAGUAUUGUUUUUCCAUAUUUCAUUAUUAGAUACCUGUCAUGGAUUUUUCCCUUCCUUAAUUACUUUGGAUGCCCCUAUGUGCUAUCUAAUGAUUUUUUGUUUAUUAUUUUUACUGUUUUAAUAGACUAUAUUUAAUAUACUAUUUUUAUAUUCACAAAUAUCUAGGCAAUCUAUAUAGAAAUAAAUAUGUGAAAUACAUGUUAAAAAUUAUAAACAUGUGUAUUUCUUUUCAUGUGUCAUGGAUACAUGCUCCUUUACUUUAUGGACUUAUAUCCUGAUAAGCCAAUAAUAGACUGUCAUAAGUAGAAAAUGCAUAUAAUACACUAAUCUACUGAAUAUCAUAGGUUAGCUACACCAAAUGCUGUAGGGAACUGCUCAUGUGCCUUGUGAUCACAUGGCUGGCUGACUAAGACCUGGGCUGUGCUGCUGUCCAGCACCAGAGUGAGGCUCAUCGGGAGUCCUGUUAGCCAGGAUCAAGUUUCAGACCUGGUGCUCACUGAAUGUCUUUUACCUUUGCACCACUAUAAAGUCAAAAACUAACUAAAUAAAUAGAACCAUUGUUAGUCAUGGGUUGUUUGUAUUUUUCCUUCAAAACAAGUAUUUCAUUAUUACAAGAAUACCACUUUCUUAAUACUGGUUUUGAUUUUAAUGACUAAUAUACAUCAUAAAGAAAAUACAUUUUUUCCAAAAUAAGCAUCCAAAAAAAGGUUUUUAGAAUUUUUCAUGACCCCUGAUUUGAAUAAGUAUUGAUUACUAUAAAUUUAAAGGAUGCUUUUAAUAAGAUUGUUUUAAAAGUGUAGUAUUAAUGCUAUUUUAAUUUAUUUUAAAAUGUAUUGGUAUUUUUGAGUACUGUAUUUGCAUCAUUUCCACACCACCCUCUCUACCCCUUCCACCUCCUUCCAUGUCUCCCCAAUCAAAUUCCUUUCAAAUUUAUGACCUCUUCAUUGUUAAUUAUUGGUACAUAUAUACAUGUAAUAUGUAUGUAUAUAUGAAUCCAGCCUACUGGGUCCAUUUAGUGUUGCUUGUAUGUGUUUAGGAUGACUACUUGAGAAUGGAUAACCUGUCCAGGGCGUGCUCUUUGGAGAAGACAGAGUCUACUUCCCUUAGCAGCCACUGGUUACCUGUAGUUCUUCAUCUUAGGGAUUUGAGAGGCUUUCCGCAUCUGUGUUGGCUCUCCUUGUAUAGAUCUUGUUUAGGAGACCAUGUAGUUACGGUUUCAUGGGUACUGUAAUCAGAGCACACUGUCUCACAGCAGCUGGUCUACUUUUAUGGCUCCUGCAGUAUUUCCACCUCAUCUUCUGCAAUGUUCCCUGAGCCUCAGGUUGUGCUGUAGAUACCAGUUGGGUUUGGAUACUCAGUUGUUCUUGACUAUUUGAUUGAUAUCAGGUUCCUGUGAUAGUCUCCAUUUUCUUCUUUCUUUAAUCCUUUCUGUUCGACAAGACCCUCCUUAAAUGUCACCUCCUCCAGAAGACUUCUUGACUCCCCCACCUUUCUGUCUUUUAAUGUUUCUGUCUAUACUUAUGUUAUUUUUGUUUGUUUUUCUGUUUUUUAAGACAGGUCUCAUGUAGCCCAGGUUGGCCUUGAACUCACUAUAUAGCCAAGGAUAACCUUGAGGUCCUGAUCCACCUAGCCUUGCCUCUCAAGUGUUGGGAUUACAUGUGUAUACACCAUGCUGGGCUCUGCACCCUAUUGAAGGGCACAACAUCCCACCGUGUGUUACUGGAUCUUCUAAGUGUUUCUGGGCUUUUGCCUGUGUCGUGCUCGGCUCUGUUUAUGCUUCUGUGUGCUGCCCAACACAGUGAGCCACAUGCUAGUUAGCACCAGAAUUUUAGGUCUGUUCAAACUUCUAUAAUUAAGUUGAUUGAUAGAUUCAGUCCUUUGGAUUCCAUUGGCACUAAAACAGAACAUAGAAUAGGAACCACAAUUUUGAUAGUUUAUUCUUCACAAAGACCAUAAUAUUGAUAAAUAGGUUGACCUUAGAGAUUUUUUGAUAAAUGAAAUAGUGAAUGAAUAAGUUAUUUCAUUCCUGAAACUCUAAGCUUUUAAUGAUCGAAAUAAAAGAUAAAUUGCUCCACACAGUCACUCACAUUCACGUUGCUGCAGAAGCUCUGUAAGUUACUGCGGCGAGAGGACCAGCAGCAUCCUGACCCCUGUGAACGGGCUAGAAGGACAAGGCUCUGCCCUCACCUCCUGGCCUAACAAGAUGACCCAGGCCAGAACUGAAAGAUGACAGAAAAAUUGACAUGUAUAGGCUUUGGGUCUGAUUAAUUUCAGAGUGUAAUCAUUUUUAUUUGCAAUAUUUUAUUUUAAAAAAUUUUAAUUCUUAAAAAUUAAAAUGGAUGGUUAAUGUGAAUGGCUUUCCUCUUCUAUUCAUGCCCUGAUAAGUCACCACAAACCAGGCAUCUCAACAUAACAUAUAUUUGUCAACUAACGGUUCUGUAGAUCAGAAAUCUAGAUCAUAAGAUGCCAGUCAUGCUGCCUCUUGCCUGGAUGCUCUAAGGUGCCAUGGUGGGGACUCACUGAGGUACUUAGUAGAAUGUGGUUUCAUCUAGUUAUGUCUCCCUUCUGGCUGUGGGCCAAGUGUCCUCAGCUUCUGGAGGCCACCCACAUUCCCUGGUUGCCCUCUGUGGAAGCCUUCGAUGGCAGUCCAGGCUUGGGUUUCCAUUUUCCUGACCUCCUGUUCUAUCUUCUAGGCUCCUCCCUUAUAAAACUCUCUGCUUUUAAGACCUCAUGUAGUUAGAUUGAAGCUGCCCAUGUUGUUGAGGAUAAUCUUGAACUGUAACCACAGUCACAUCUGCAAAUGUCUUUUCUGCCUUGGCUGCACGUUCUGUUCUAGGAAUUAAAUGCAGCAUCUUUAGGGGACAAUCCCUGGCUCAUUUGUUUCCCUGGGAUUUAUUUGCAGUGUUGUUAAUUAUCCUUUACAGUUUUCCACAUGUGGAUCUUACUGAUAACAUACUUCUGUUCCACUUAUUUACCUGGCCUCUAUAGUGUCUCAGUUUUAACAAUUAAGAUCUAGACUGCAGGGGCUGGAGAGAUGGCUCAGCAGUUAAGAGCACUGGCUGCUCUUCCAGAGAACCUAGAUUCAAAUCCCAGCACCUACAUGGUGACUCACAACCAUUUGUAACUCCAAGAUCUGAUAACCCUUACACAAACAUACUUGCAGGCAAAACACCAAUGCACAUAAAAUAAAAUAAAUUUUAAAAAAGCAAAUUGAAAUUUAAAAAAAGUCUAGACUGGAAAAACAAUUAGAUUCUGCCUCAAUUUGGGGUUAGACUGGUCAUAGGUGCUAGUGGUAUGUCUGCUUGUCUCUGCAUUAGCAGCGUUUGUAAUCAUUGACCCUCCCUGCCUUAUAUAAAUAAACUACAGAAUGGCAUUAAUUUAGUUUAUCAUUCCAUUAUCAACAGAUGGUUACCCAGAGAUAUGGUGCACAUAGUUUAAAAAAAAAAAUCUUCCCAGUAUUUUCCAUUUAUCAAAAUGAGCUGGCUAUUUACCAAAAAUAACUAAUUAGGUAUUUUUUUUCAUUUGGGAUUUUGGAAGUAUCAUUAUUGGCUCAUAAAUCUGAUAUUUGAAAUACUUCAUCCAUUCUGGGGUUUUUUGUUGUUGUUGUUUUUUAUGAAUGCUCAAAUCUCCCCAUCUUUGCUCAGUAAUCCACUUUGGGUUGCUGUUGAAUCCUUUGACAAAACCUUCAGCAGUAUUUAGGUGCAUGCUGCUCUCUACUGAAGAUGCUCUGGCUCAUCUCGCUUCCUGUGUCAGCUCUUUGUCCUGAGUUGAUUUCUUUGAAAUACUCUGAAUUUAGUUAAGACACCUAAUGCUCAGGUCUGGUUCUGUUCUCCAGGUGGCGCUGCAUGCUUGUGGAGUGGCGACAGAUAUGGUGAUUGAGCACUGCAUCCAAACGCGGGCUUCCUUCAUCACGUGCCCAUGCUGUUAUGGCUUCAUUCAGAACACAUCCAAGU